ACCACGCCCAGAUUAACCCAAAACAGCUCAAAAUCAAACCAUCUCCUAGCUGCAUCUCAGCUCAUCCGAGACACAAGAUCACACGAUUCACCCAAUCGAAGCCGAGACUCGCAAGAGCAUAGACCGAAAAUCCGAGAAAGAAAAAGGCAAUAAAAAAAACGAGCACGAAUCUGGCGCGUUGCCUGCCCUUGCCACGACACCAAAAUGCAACCUCCCCCCAAAACUCGUAUCGUACCACCCCAGCGCCACCGGCUCACGGCCACUCCUCCACCUCCAUUGAUGGGCGCACGCCGCCGCCGUCGCCACGACGGCCACAAGCAGCAACAAAAUCUAAACGGCAACUCCCACGAAGACGACGACGACGACUUCUUCCAUGUAAAACCUUCUCUCUCCCUAUCCACCACGGCACCCACCACCCGAAGCCGAACGCCUCAUCCUGCCGCUGCUCCUCAUCCUCUCCGCCUCAACUGCACGAAGCCUCGAGCAGAAGGCCAAAGCCAAAGCCAAAAAAAAAUUCGCAUUUUUUUUCUACCGCCGAGUCGUGCUCCUCUCUCCUUUUCCCCCCUAUGACUUGGAAGCCCAUUAGAACACACAAAGAACAAGCACAAAAAAAGUUCGCGAAAUCCGAAGCUGGUUUCCUCUUCCCCAUCCCCAUCCAUCCAGGAUUGUUUCUUUCGUGCUGACAUCGCCUCCGCCGCGACCGCUGCGAGGGGGGAGGAGGGGGAGAAGCGGAUUCCCCAAUUCCCCCGAGCACGCCCCGCGCGCGGCGAGGGUAGGGUUAGGGUUUGUUCUUGCGGGGAGUUCUUUCGCCGAAUUCGUCGGGAGAGGGGCGCCCGUGAUCCCGCGGUGGAAUCGGGCGGCGGGGGGUUGGGGUUGGGGUUGGUGAGGGAUGAUCUUUAAGCGGAGCCAGCGGCAGGAGAUCCUCACGCUGAGGCGGUGCAAUGCCGGGGGCGGGGAGGACGACGGGGACGGCGGCGAGCGGCGGCCCAAGAGGCGGAGGGGCGACGAGUUCUUCCCCGUGGAGCUGCUCGGCGACGUGCCGGUCGCCGGCAUCCCGUACGCCGCCUUUGGGUUCCGCUGGUGCGAGGAGCCCGAGGUCGCGUCCCCGGCUGCCGCCUCGCGGGCAGCUGCUGCCGCCGCGUCCAGGCCGCCGGUGGUGCGCACGUCGCGCGGGCGAGCCCAGGUUCUGCCCUCGCGGUUCAACGACUCGGUGCUCAUCGACCCAUGGAAGAAGGAUAAGCCGGUGAAGCCGCCUGCGCCGGCCAAGGCUGUACCUGUGCAGCUACCGCCCAAAAGCGAGGUGUUAUAUCGCAAAGGUGCAAUUGCCGAUAGAAGUUUAACAAUGUCAGAGCUAGAUGAAGAUGACGAUGAUGAUUAUGUGGAGGCCGAGCGCUACCGAGCGGGCCAGAACUUUGUUGCCUCCAGGAAAUACUCAAUGUCCCUCAGCACGCUCACUUCUGUACAUGAUGAGCCAUACAUCUAUUACCAUAGAAAGGGACCGAUGAAAAAGCAAUAUGAGGACGAGGAAGAAGAUGGAACAGAGGAGGAGGAAGAAGAGGAGUUAUCUUACUGGAGCACUGAUUUUGUGUAUGGCGACGUUGUGUGGGCAAGACUUGGGAAGCGGCAGCCAGUGUGGCCGGGCGUAGUGGUUGACCCAGCACAGCCGGCUGCUGCGGAGGCAUUGCCACCACAGCCACGUGGUGGUGCUGUGCUCUGUGUGAUGCUGUUCGGCUGGGCUGCAGAGUUCGGCGAUGAGAAGAAGUUCAUCUGGGUGAGGGAGGGAGGGAUAUUUCCAUUUAUGGACUACAUUGACCGAUUUCAAGGGCAGACAGAAUUAAGCAGAUGCAAACCUGGUGAUUUCCAGAGGGCGUUAGAAGAGGCCUUUUUGGCUGAUCAGGGAUUUGUAGAAGUUCCAAUGGAUGGCAGCAGAACAGGGCAGCCAGCAGUGUGCCAAUCUUUCCCAGCUGAUUUAGAAGAAGUGACAGGCUCAAAUGAGCUUGAGUGCCAGUCUCAAAUCAAGCGCUACAAAAGAGCACUUCAGUGUGAGAGCUGUGGAAAUUGCUUUCCGACUAAAGGUUCAAACAUGAUGGUUUAUGUAAUGGAACAACUUGCUUGCAGACAGUGUGCUAAGAUAUCGCGAUCUAAAGAAUAUUGUGGUGUAUGUUUGAAAAGCUGGCAACAUAAAUGUGGCGGAAGAUGGGUUUGUUGCCAUGGCUGUGAAAGUUGGGUUCAUGCAGAAUGUGACAAAAAGUGCAGCAAUCUUAAGGAUCUACGAGACAACAGUUAUUUCUGUCCUUACUGUAGAAUCAAGCGAAACUCAAAUCAGUCCAGCAAGAAGACAAAAUCUUAUGAAGAUAGAAAUGACAAUUCCACACAGAAAAGUAGCAAGCCUGACAAAGUUGCAGUUAUCUGUUUUGACAUGGAAGGAACUUACCUACCAGAUCUUGAACUAAUUUCUUGCCAUUGUGGCCCUUGCAAGGGACAAAAAUUUUUGUUCAAUGAAUGGGAACGACAUGCUGGCUGCAGAAGUAAAAACUGGAAGUCAAGUAUAAAAAUAAAGGACACGCUCAUGCCAUUUGGAAAAUGGAUAGAGCAACAUCAAUCAAGUUCGUGUUCCACAAAUCCUGCAAAGCGGUCCUCUCAUAAAGUGAAGAAACAAAAACUUAUUGAUUUGCUAAAUGAACCAUAUGAUACUGUAAAUGUAAAAUGGACAACAGAAAGAUGUGCAGUCUGUAGAUGGGUUGAAGACUGGGAUUACAACAAAAUUGUAAUCUGUAACAGAUGCCAGAUAGCAGUUCAUCAGGAAUGCUAUGGUGUGAGGGGAAAGCAAGACUUCACCUCGUGGGUUUGUAGGGCAUGCGAAACACCUGAUCAAAAGAGGGAGUGUUGUCUUUGCCCUGUAAAAGGUGGUGCAUUGAAGCCAACAAAUAUUGAUAACUUGUGGGUACAUGUGACAUGUGCAUGGUUUCAGCCACAAGUUGCUUUUGCUAGUGAUGAGCUUAUGGAACCUGCUAUUGGGAUAUUGAAUAUUACGCCUUUGCUAUUCAUGAAGAUGUGUGUCAUUUGUAGGCAAAUACAUGGUUCGUGUACACAAUGCUACAGAUGCUCAACUUAUUACCAUGCUAUCUGUGCAUCAAGGGCAGGUUAUAGGAUGGAGAUACGUUGCUUGGAAAAAAACGGCAAACAAACAACAAACAAGAUUUCAUAUUGUGCUCAUCAUCGGGCUCCUAAUCCUGACAAUGUUUUGAUAAUUCAAACUCCUGCUGGAACUAUCUCUUCAAAAAAACUUGUCCAGAGAAAUGGUACUGUAACUGCUUCAAGGCUGAUUAGGAAAGAUCUUCCCAAGGAUUCGGUAUCAGAUGUUGAAAUUUCAGAGAACUUAUCUACGGCAAGAUGUCGGGUUUAUGUUAAGAAAGAGCUAAAGAGAUCUCGGGAGGGAGCAAUUGCACAUCGUGUAAGAGGAGCCUGUCAACACCGAUGGGAUGAGAUUGACCUUUUGAAUCCCCCUAGGGAAGAGAGGGAUCCAGAAUCCUUUUCUACUUUUAAGGAGCGUCUACACUAUCUGCAGAAAACAGAGCAUACCAGAGUAUGCUUUGGUAGGUCAGGAAUUCAUAGGUGGGGACUUUUUGCUCGUAGGGCCAUUCAAGAAGGAGAAAUGGUACUCGAGUAUAGAGGUGAGCAGGUCAGACGAAGUGUUGCUGAUUUAAGGGAAGAACAAUAUCGUGUACAAGGCAAAGAUUGUUAUCUCUUCAAAAUCAGCGAGGAAGUAGUUGUUGAUGCCACAGAUAAAGGAAACGUGGCACGCUUGAUUAAUCAUUCUUGCACGCCAAACUGCUAUGCGAGGAUUAUGAGUGUGGGGCAUGACGAGAGCCGCAUUGCCCUAAUCGCCAAGAAAAAUGUCCCUGCCGGCGAAGAGCUAACGUAUGACUACCUAUUUGACCCAGACGAGGCUGACGAUCGCAAAGUUCCCUGCCUCUGCCAAACUGCUAACUGUCGUAAAUUCAUGAAUUAGGUUACUGUAGAUGUCAAAUGGGCCAUUCCCACAGGUUUUAUUUACCCCCUUUUCGUUGUUCGUUAGUUCUUUCUUUUUUGGUUCGUCGGUGGUAUAUGUUUCCCUUGUUCCCAUUUUUUAACAUAGCAGUUAGAAAAUAAGUUUAGCUAUAGCUCAGAAGCGCGAGCUUCCAUUCCUGUAAAUGACUAAUAUAUCGAUUACAGUCGUUCUUUUCUAAUGCAAAAAAAAAAAUUUUUGCCCCCAU